UCAAUACUCUUGUCUUGCGCAGAAAGCCAUCAAACAAGAACCCCAAAUCGCCUGACACACGAAACCUAUAGGGUUACAAAUCCUCCGAUCUAAACCUGCAAAAUUGUGAAAAUGGCGAGUGUCGAUGUAGCCAUGAAACCAUCGGAUUCAGUUGACAGAGAUGAGAACUGUUCGUCAAGAUCCUCAACGGCGAAAUCAGGUGAAGGAUUAAGGCAGUAUUACCUGCAACAUAUUCACGAUGCUCAGCUUCAGGUUCGCCAGAAGACUCAUAAUCUUAAUCGGCUUGAAGCGCAGCGUAACGAGCUCAAUUCUCGAGUCAGGAUGCUUAAGGAAGAGUUGCAGCUGCUUCAAGAGCCAGGAUCUUAUGUUGGUGAAGUUGUUAAAGUAAUGGGGAAAUCCAAAGUACUAGUCAAGGUGCACCCAGAGGGCAAAUACGUAGUUGAUAUAGACAAAAGCAUUGAUAUUACUAAGAUCACUCCAUCAACCAGAGUAGCCCUUCGCAACGAUAGCUAUGUUCUUCAUUUGGUUUUACCAAGCAAAGUUGACCCUCUGGUCAACCUUAUGAAAGUUGAAAAAGUCCCUGAUUCUACAUACGACAUGAUUGGUGGGCUAGACCAGCAAAUUAAGGAGAUCAAAGAGGUUAUCGAACUUCCAAUCAAACAUCCAGAGUUAUUCGAGAGUCUCGGAAUCGCUCAACCAAAGGGAGUUUUGUUAUACGGGCCACCUGGCACAGGGAAGACCUUGUUGGCAAGAGCAGUGGCUCAUCAUACUGAUUGUACUUUCAUUAGGGUUUCUGGUUCUGAACUAGUACAGAAAUACAUUGGAGAGGGGUCUCGAAUGGUCAGAGAACUUUUUGUUAUGGCGAGGGAACAUGCUCCAUCUAUCAUAUUUAUGGAUGAAAUAGACAGUAUUGGAUCUGCUCGGAUGGAAUCUGGAAGUGGGAAUGGUGAUAGUGAAGUACAACGAACUAUGCUCGAGCUUCUUAAUCAGCUUGACGGUUUUGAAGCGUCAAACAAGAUUAAGGUUUUGAUGGCUACAAACCGUAUUGAUAUCCUGGAUCAGGCUCUUCUCAGGCCCGGGAGAAUUGAUAGGAAAAUUGAAUUCCCAAAUCCCAAUGAAGAUUCACGGUUUGAUAUUCUGAAAAUUCAUUCAAGAAAGAUGAAUUUAAUGCGUGGCAUUGAUCUGAAGAAGAUAGCUGAGAAAAUGAAUGGGGCUUCAGGGGCUGAGCUUAAGGCGGUUUGUACUGAAGCUGGAAUGUUUGCUUUGAGGGAGAGGAGAGUCCACGUGACCCAGGAAGAUUUUGAGAUGGCAGUCGCCAAGGUUAUGAAGAAGGAAACUGAGAAAAACAUGUCGUUGCGCAAGCUUUGGAAGUAAUCAAGUAGACGUGUUUUCUUUCUAGUACUCUUUUCAAACGUUUAAACCUUGCAUCCUUUAUGAUGUGCCGAUUGUGUUAUUUACUUUUAUCGUUUGCAUCCGAAACAUACUAAUAUUAUGUUAAAGCCCAACUUUUAAAGACUCUUGGUUGAUAUUGAUUGAGGUUUAGGAAUUGUCU